CAAUUUAAAAAAUGAAGAAUCUUAAAAAAAGUGGGAAGGCAAAAAGACAGAUGCUUGAAAGACAAACCCAUUACCCAAAUCCCCUGUCCCUGUCGCCGCUGCCAACCCCGUCUACUCUGUCGCCGCUGCCAUUUCCGACAUUUUUUCUUCUUCAACAACUGCUCCUAUCACUUCCAGUCAAAUACGUCCUCUUCUUUUCUCAUUUAAAGUCAAAGGCUUUCUAGUUCCACAAGAAGGGAAACUGCAAAUUUUAAGCAUCGCAGAUUCAUGGUGAUGGAGCCUGAUGGCCGUAGGAGGAUCAACCGCCAAGACAUUAAUCACAUAAAUGGCAAUGCAAGUUAUUCAUAUGCUGAUGAUGAACUUGAUCCGUGGACUGCUUGGGCAUACAAGCCUCGCACAAUAACUUUGUUAUUUAUUGGUGCUUGUUUCCUUAUAUGGGCUAGUGGAGCUCUUGAUCCCGAGAGCAGCAAAUCUGAUGAUGUUGUUACAUCGGUCAAAAGGGGUGUUUGGGCAAUGAUUGCAGUGUUUCUUACUUACUGUUUGUUACAAGCACCUUCAACAGUCCUUAUACGACCACAUCCAGCAAUUUGGCGUCUAGUUCAUGGGAUGGCUGUUGUCUACCUUGUUGCGCUGACGUUCUUGCUGUUUCAGAAUCGUGAUGAUGCUCGCCAGUUCAUGAAAUAUCUUCAUCCAGAUCUUGGUGUUGAACUUCCUGAAAAAUCAUAUGGUGCAGAUUGCCGAAUCUACGUCCCAGAAGAUCCCCACAACAGGUUUAGGAACCUUUAUGAAACAAUAUUUGAUGAAUUUUUCCUAGCGCACAUUCUUGGGUGGUGGGGCAAGGCAAUAAUGAUUCGGAAUCAGCCCUUGCUCUGGGUCUUGUCCGUUGGUUUUGAAUUGAUGGAGCUCACCUUCCGUCAUAUGCUACCAAACUUCAACGAGUGUUGGUGGGACAGUAUCAUUCUGGACAUAUUGCUCUGCAAUUGGUUUGGUAUUUGGACUGGUAUGCGAACUGUAAGAUACUUUGAUGGGAAAACAUAUGACUGGGUAGGAAUAAGUCGUCAGCCAAAUAUUAUCGGCAAGGUUAAACGUACUUUGGGGCAAUUUACACCCGCGCGAUGGGAUAAAGAUGAGUGGCAUCCGCUGCAGGGUCCUUGGCGUUUUGUUCAAAUUCUUUUUCUUUGCAUUGUGUUUUUGAUAGUAGAGUUGAACACAUUUUUUCUCAAGUUUUGUCUUUGGAUUCCUCCCCGCAACCCUAUUAUAAUCUAUAGGUUGAUAUUAUGGUGGCUUAUUGCUAUUCCAACUAUUCGAGAAUACAACUCCUAUCUACAAGACAGGAAACCAAUAAAAAAAGUGGGCGCGUUAUGCUGGCUUGCAUUGGCUAUAUGCAUCGUUGAGCUACUAAUUUGUAUCAAGUUUGGAGAAGGUUUAUACCCGACCCCGAUGCCUAUGUGGCUGGUUAUUUUUUGGACGUCAUUUUGGUUAGGCCUCGUCACAUUUUUGUUGAUGUGGACUUGGAAGUUGCAUAAUUAUUCAAAGAGGAAGAGGCAAUAAUUUGGAUCACCCAAAAUUGGUGUGAUGCUUCAAAUCUUUGCCCCUUCUGGACUUAAAUUUAUAUAUAUGCAGUUGCCAAUGUAAAUGCCUUCUUUUUUUUUUUUUCCCUACAAUUGUAAAUGCUCAUUUUUUUUCAAAUAUUAGAAUCAUAAAAUUUUCUUUUAGGGAUUAUUUGUCAUGUUUGUAUUUAUUAUUCCUUGCAUUUUGGUAAUGUUUGUAUCAUUACAUUAAGGUUGAUUAUUGUAUUCUUUCAUUCUUGA